AUGAGGUCCCUCUCCACAGCCAUUUCGACCCUUCUACAACCACCCAUUGUUCGAACCGGCCUACAGCCUCACACAUCAGCCCCAUCAUCAAGUUCGCACAAGCCCCCUAAUACUCGAGACAUCCCGCCGGUUGCCUUGACCAAUAUCCCAAUCAUCGAUCCCGCCGAGUUUGAUCCCUAUGUUGCGCAAGUUGGAGCAUUGUAUGAGCAGUUGCGACGAGUGAAAGAGGGCGAGGACGAAUCUGCCAAGAGCCGCCGCAAUUCCAAGCCUGGUGAGCAGCCGGAUACGGACGGCCUACUUCGACCGACAACGAAAUCCCAUCGACGCGGUUCGACUGCUUCAGUCGCUUCACUGGCGUCUAUUGACGCACCUAGCCUUUCACGCAGGUCGACUGGCCUAGGGCGAAAAGCCGCGCAGGGACCCUCACCCCUAUCAACCAUUCCAACCGUGUAUUUUGACCAAGAUUUUCAUCUCGAGAACCCGAGGACAUUUGAUGUUGUUAGUGAACGAUCCGAAGUAAUCCGACCCCCAUCAUUGGGCAAGGACAGCUCUUCACUUCCUACGGCCCCAAGAAAAGCUUUAGCAACAAAUGCUAUUCUUCAAGAGAAAUUGUCCUGGUACAUGGAUACAAUUGAAGUCCAUCUUAUCAAUUCGAUAUCGACGGCAUCGACAACAUUCUUCACCGCUCUUGGGUCUUUAAAGGAACUGCACUCAGAAGCUGCCGACUCAGUGGAAAGGAUAAAGGCCCUCAGAGAAGAACUAGAGGCACUUGACAAGGAGGUAGCAACUAAUGGCAUACUGAUUGCUCAAAAACGUCGACGGCAGGAGAACUUGAGACAGCUUAAUGAUGCUGUAUGCCAACUACGCUGUAUUGUUGAUGGGGUUAGCCGCUGCGAGUCAUUGGUCGAUGCUGGUGAAGUAGACAAGGCUUUGAGCAGUAUUGACUCAUUGGAGAAGCUCAUUGCAGGUGAGCGUGAGGAAACGGACGGAGAGGAACCAUCAGGUAUAGAGUUGCGGGAUUUACGAGGAGCUUCCGCAUUGCAGGGUAUCAACCAGGAUUUGAAUGCCUUGCGCUUCAGAGUCGGAAAGGCUUACGAAUUGCAAUUCGUCAAUGUCUUGUUGGCCGACUUGCGCAGACACACAGAGUCCGUUUCUUCUGCGGAUGUUCUUCUUCGAUGGGAUAAUGCGGCAUCCAGGGGGCGAGGGGGCCACUCUCGAUCACCGUCAAUAUUUCCCACGUACCUCACAGCAACAGAAGAGCUGAAAGCACAGCUUAUGCCCAACAUGAAGGGUCUACACCGUGCCAAGUACGUUGCAACUGCGGCCAUGGCUUAUCGAGAUGCAGUCCUUCGUGAAAUUCGCAAUUUGAUUCGACGUCCUCUUCCAAGUUCGAGCGACGACGAUAAUGAGUCUACGCUGUCGGUGUCAACGACCAGUGGAAGCAGGCAUUUGUCGAGUCAAGAGAAAUCUGCAAAUUUGGCAAGAAACCUUCGGGCAUUGGACGCAGAAGACGCAGAAGAGCUUCUUGUCAAGAUCUAUGUUGGUGUUACUGAAACCCUGCGACGGCUGACCACGCAAGUCAAAGUGCUGCUCGAUAUCACGAGCUCCUUAUCGGACGCAUCCAAUUUGGAUGGUGUUAAGUCACCACCAGCUAGGUCACCUGUGACCAGCCCACGCCCCGAUCGCCACAUCUCCAACCCAAUGGCUGCCGCCGAUGUCGAACUUCAAGAAGAACUUCACAAGAGUCUGGACAUCAAUAGUCUCCUAACACAAGCUGUUGACAUCGCAAAUGACAAGAUCGUCAAGGUUCUCAAGGUCCGAGCAGAGCAGGCUACUCAUCUUCCGUUAGAUCUUUUUCUUCGAUACUUUGCUCUUAACCUCUAUUUUACAACUGAGUGUGAAGCCAUCUCUGGACGAAGCGGUACUUCUCUUAAGACGGUGGUUAAUGGACAUAUUAAAGAGUUUGUUCAACGGAAUCGUGACGCAGAGAUGCAAAAACUGGCCCAGGGGAUGGAAUCGGAUCAGUGGAAUGCAAAAGAUUUUACAGAGAGCAACACGAAACUCCUAGAUCUCAUACUAGGCUGUAGUAUGCAAGAUGCCUCCGUGUGGACAGAAAACAACAAGAUUUGGAUCCCAUAUCGCGAGCUUGAGAAGCCAGACAUUGUGGCGGAACCCCCCGAGAGCAAUGGGACUGGCAAAGACAAGACAAGAUCCGCAGUCAUUGAGUCUGAAAAGUUCAUUCUACCAAACUCUGCAGUGCUUUGUCUGGAUGGACUGGGGAACUUUUUGCAUUUGAUUGCAGGAAUACCGUCCAUAACCACAGACGUGGCAUCUUCAUUAAUUGCAUACCUCCAACUCUUCAAUUCUCGGUGUACACAAUUGAUUCUUGGCGCGGGUGCGACCCGUUCUGCAGGUCUGAAGAAUAUCACCACAAAGCACUUGGCUCUUGCGUCGCAGGCAUUAUCAUUCAUAGCCACGUUAAUUCCUCACAUUCGAGAGUUUGUACGAAGCCACGCCGGUUCUGGGGCUGGAGUAUCCAGCUUGAUGGGAGAAUUUGACAAGGUCCGCCGAUUAUUACAGGAACACCAAGACAGUAUCCACCAAAAGUUGGUCGACAUUAUGAGUAGUCGUGCAGCGAUUCACGCCAAGAACAUGAGAGCUAUUGACUGGGAUAACGCCAGGCCAGGCGUGGUGCAGCCAUAUAUGGAAAUUCUUGCCAAGGAAACCACUACGCUGCAUCGUGUUCUCACCAAGCAUCUUCCAGAGACCUCAGUUCAAUUGAUUAUGGAACCCGUCUUCGCCAGCUACAAAGACCAGCUGGGAGCCCCUCUCAAAGAGGCUGCUCCCAAAACAGAAGCUGGAUCACAAAGUAUGCUGCGGGAUGUGGAAUUCUUCUCAUCACGGCUGGGGAAAAUCAAUGGGUUUGGGGACACUGGAGACUUCCUUGCCAAUAUUGUCAAGUCCAAAGAAGUGAAGCCAAAGACACCAGGGCCAGUGGAAGAGACGGAGGAAUCCCAGAUCAAGGACAAAGCAGAAGACGACAAGAAGACAGAUACGGAACCUGCGACGGAAACCAAAGAGGUUGAGGACACAAAUGAAGAGAGCAAAGAUGAGAGUCCAUCGCAGGAGAGCGAAAAGAAGCCUGAGGACUAG